GCUCCAGUUCCCUUCGGCAGUUGGACCGGUGAACGGAAGGCCAUCAUAGAUGCCCCACUCUGCACCCAGCGGGAUCCCUACCGGAGGGACAUGGAAAUCUCCGGUGUCGAAGAUUGUCUGCAGCUGAAUGUGUACGUUCCCGAGAGGCCGCUGGCCGUCGAUCCACUUCCGGUGAUGGUUUUCUUCCACGGCGGUGGUUUUCAGUGCGGUUCCGGAACCAGGUACUUCUACGGGCCGGAUUUCCUACUCGAAGAAGAUGUCAUCUACAUCGGAGCUAACUUCCGGUUAGGGCCACUUGGUUUUCUGAGUACCGAAUCUCUAGAGUGUCCCGGAAAUAAUGGUCUGAAGGAUCAAAACAUGGUGCUGCGGUGGAUUCGGGAUAACGUUGCGGCCUUUGGCGGCGAUCCGAAUUUGGUAACGGUGUUUGGUGAAAGUGCCGGAGGUGCCAGUGGAACUUAUCACAUGAUGUCGCCACUUUCCAAGGGAUUGUUCCAGCGUGUCAUUUCACAGUCGGGAGUGAAUUUGGAUGCCUGGGCUCAACCUGCCCAUACAGGAGUUGCUCGGACUCGGGCCGUUCAGCUGGGUGAGAUGGUCGGAUGUUCUGAGGGAAAGAAUGGAAACAUUGCCUCCAUGUUGGACUGCGUACGAAAAGUUUCGGCAGCGGACGUGACCAAAACUUUCUACGACUUCUUCACUUGGGAUACGGAUCCGAUGAUACCUUUUCCUCCGGUUGUGGAACCGGAACAUGAUGGGGCCUUCAUCAGUAAACAUCCCCGAGACGAGAUGGAGCCACAUGCCAUCGGGCUGCCUUGGAUGACGGGACUUACUAUGGACGAGGGUGCCCUGAAGAGUGCUGCACUCAUCAACGUGCCGGAACUCCGGGCCAGCCUGAACGAGCACUGGGACCGCGCCCUUCCGGUUUCGCUGUACUACGACCACCAUCAGCAGGAUCCGGAUUCCGGCCGGCAGCGUGCCAUCACGGAGGCCAUCAACCGGUUCUACUUCCGAGGGCAAAAGUUAAUUAAGGACACCGAACAGAAUCUAACUAAUCUGAUGUCAUGCGGAAGCGUGGGAGAAGAUGGUAGGAUCCGGGGAUCCGGGUACGCGAUUUGAUUUCUUAAACGUCAUUUGGUGACACAAUUUAUGAACGGGAAAAAGGUUGGGUUUCUCAUUGUUGGCCAGCGGCCGUUUUCCGGCAUCAAUAAAACAACAAAAGGGCAAUUGAUAGAUUGAAUUAGGACUGAUUCUUGUUAGGAAUAUAAAAAAGGCGAAAUGUU